GUGCUUUCUGCUUAGGCGUGUUAGCGUCGCUGUUUCAGUGCUCGGUCUAUCGGCCAUCGUUGCGCUCUUCAAGUGCUAAUGUCGAUGUAUCCAUCUGAACCGAGCGUUUCUUCAACCAACGGGAAAAUGGAAGACUCUGGGUUGCUAGAGAGUCCAUCGUCUGCUCUCCUGGGAAAAGGACGUCCUCAGAAAGCGCCUGAGCUCAGCCUGGUCGAGCGUCGCAACUGGAUGAUCCACAUCCACUACGUGCGCAAGGAGUUCGACACGUGCCGCGCGCUCGUCAAGGAGCAGCUGCAGGAGACGGGCGACAUGUGCGAGUACGCCAGCUAUGUGCAGGGCCUGAUCCUGCGCUCCGAGGGCAAGAUCCAGCAGUCGUUCGAGAUGUUUCAGCAGUGUCGGGAGCUCAACCCGCAGAAUGUGGACAACCUACGCCAGAUGGCGCGCUCCCUGUUCCUCCUGGGCAAGUUCGACAUGGCGCUGGCCGCCUACAGCCAGGCGGAGAAGGAGUCUAGCAAGACGCCCGACUGGGAAAUCUUCUACAACAAAGGCGUCUGUUACAAGCACCUAAAGAAGUACGGCCCAGCGCGCGAGGCGCUGCAGCGCUCACUCCAGCUGCACGAGCACGAGCGCACCUACGAGCAACUCGGCCAGGUGGCGCUGCUGCAGGAGAACGUGCAUGAGGCCAUCAGCACCUACCAGCAGGCGAUCGAGCAGUUCCCAGAGUCGCCGGACCUGCUCACCACGCUGGGCCUGCUCUUCAUGCAGGCCGGCCAGCACCAGAAGGCGUUCGAGCAGCUGGGCACGGCGCUGGCCUACCAGCAAACCAACACCGGCGCCAUCCUCGCCGCCGGCAGCAUGAUGCAGGGUCAUGGCGAGUAUGACGUGGCGCUGAGCAAGUACCGGGUGGCGGCGCAGAUCGCUCCCGAGUCGCCGCCGCUCUGGAACAACAUCGGCAUGUGCUUCUUCGGCAAGAAGAAAUACGUGGCGGCGAUCAGCUGUCUGAAGCGGGCCAACUACCUGUCGCCGUUCGACUGGAAGAUCCUGUACAACCUGGGCCUAGUGCACCUGACCAUGCAGCAGUACGCCUCGGCCUUCCACUUCGUCUCGGCGGCCGUUAACCUGCGCCCGGACCGGGGCCAGAUCUACCUGCUGCUGGCCGUGUCGCUGUCGCACCUGGACGACCCGGAGAACGCGGCGCAGGCGUACGCGGCGGCGCUGUCGGCCGAGCCCACCGACCCGGCCGUGCCGCUCAACUUCGCCGUGUUCCUGCAUCGGAGUGGCCAGCCGGCGCCCAGCCAGCAGCAGUUGGCCGAGUUCGAGCGGCCUGGUGUGACGCUGACCGGCUGGUGUGACGCUGACCAGCUGGUGUGA